GGAGAUGGUCGCCAACGAGCUCUACACUACGGCCAAGGUUUCCUCCUCCUCCUCGGAGAGGAGGCAGUCGCUUUGCACUGACACCUUCGAGACGACCAAGACCAGGCCGGUUCCCCAACCCCCGACACUGACCAGGCCUGACACGGGCCCACAUCAGCAGAAGAAAAGAUAUAAUCUGGGGCUGCCUCGACUGCCAGGCCAGGCAUCAGAGGAGGAAUAUCCAGAUCAGCUGGAGGAUUCGAUCAACCUGCUUUACGAAGGAUUCAUUGAAAGCUCUCAGCACAAGGACGAUACGCAAGAUUCAGGGCAAACGGCAGAUUACAAGGAGCCUGGUCCAACGAAGGAAGAGCAAGGAAAGGAAAAAGCCUUUCGGCAGAGCCCUGAGGGGGAAGGCGAACGGGUCAGCCUCCCGCCGCCCCAGCAGCCGUGGGUUGAAGACAGCAUCGCCAUGGGCUACGCAACGGUGGGAGAGGCUCAAACCGACCACGUCGAUGCCAGGCCUCCUCAACCCCAGCGCUGCUGCGUGGAAGAAGACAUCGACGAGGACUUAACGAUAUCGCCUUACGCAAGCUUCCACGCUGUGCCCGAACUAGCCAACGUCAAGCACGACUGGCUGGAGAAACUCUCUCCACAGGGAAAUUACGUGUUCCAGAGGCGCUACAUCAAAUUCGACGGAAAAUGUUUGAUGUAUUUCAACAGUGAGAAGGACCCCUAUCCUAAAGGCGUGAUCCCAUUGAGUGUCAUCCAGAUGGCAAGAACAGCCAGAGAGAACAAGUUUGAAGUCGUCACCAGCCACAGAAUAUUUACAUUUCGGGCCGAUAGUGAGACCCAGAGAAACGAAUGGUGCGCCCACCUGCAGAGCGCGGUGAAGAACUAUCACUUCUCGUCCUGGCGUCGUGUCGGCUCAGUGACCUUCUGCCAGAAGUGCGGGUACCUGGAGCUGAAGGGGUCCAAGUCCAAGGUGUAUGCGGCCCUCAGCACAGAUGUCCUCUGGCUGCACAAGAACGAGCAGAGCUUCAAAACCGGAAUCGGGAUCACGACCAUCGAGGUACAGGGCAUCACGAUCCGAGACGGGAACCGCAAGAACUUUGAACUGGUCACUCCUUUUAAAACCUUCAGUUUCACAGCGGAGUCCGAACGAGAGAAGAAGGAAUGGGUGGGAGCGCUCCAAGACUCCAUCGCCGAGACCCUCUCCGAUUACGAGGUGGCCGAGAAGAUUUGGUCCAACAAGUUCAACAAGACGUGCGCGGACUGCAGAGCCCUGAACCCCGACUGGGCCUCCAUUAACCUGUGUGUGGUCAUCUGCAAAAAGUGCGCAGGUGAGCACCGUGGUUUGGGCACGACCGUUUCCAAAGUGCAGAGUCUGAAGCUGGACACGAGCGUGUGGACCAACGAAAUCGUGCAGCUGUUCAUCGAGUUGGGCAAUGAGAAAGCCAAUAGGUUCUGGGGAGCGCGGUUGACUCCGGGGGAAGAGUUGGAUACAGAUGCUACAGCAGAGAGACGUCGAACAUUCAUCACAAUGAAAUACCGAGUUGGCAUCUACAGGCAACCUCAUCCCAGGUUCACGAUGCAGGAGGAGCUGCUUAAGGCUCUUUGCACAGCUGUAAGUGGCCCUAGUCUCCUCCAGGCAGUGAUGCACAUCUUCUCCGAAGCAGAGAGUAUGGGAUUGGAACCCGAUGGCAGCAACAUAUUUUAUCUGCCACUACAGAACCCCACCCAACAGCCGGGGUUGGACCACUUGGCCACAAGGAACUCAGAAUUUCCCAAUCCCGGCUCCUCCGGCAACGCGAACAUUUACAAUGAGAUCACGUAUCCCGGAGUGCACUGCGGUUACCUGCACAAGACGUCAGCCAUGACACGGCUGCCCACCAGCAAGAAGUCAAAAGAUGAGUUCCAGAAACAGUGGUGCUCCGUGCAGAAGUUCCUCCUCUUCUACGAGACAGACAAGAGCAGCGAGCCGGUUGGAAAGAUCGAGAUGAGGGAGAUCGUGUGCCUUGGAGUGAGCAGGCCGGAGUCAGUCACCAGCCCGGGUCCCACAGACAGAUUCCGCUACACGUUUGAGAUCUUCAUGUCGUCCGAGAAGCUAAUCCAGUUCGGCACCGACAACCCCGAUACCUUGCAAUCAUGGACCAGCUCCAUCUCAAAGGGGUUCCCCUGCCCCAGUUUACACAGCCUGCUGGACAGGGAGUUCGAUCGAAUCGGCAGACUGCAGUACAGAUCGUUCAGCAACCCUGAGCAGUGGAAGGAAGGCUGGUUCAUGCUGAAGAAAUCCAACCUGAUUUUCUGCUCCGACGAGGGGGGAAUGCUGGAGGACACCGUCCACCUGAAGAGCCUCCAGGAGCUGACCUUCACCACUCUGCAGGAAAACAGUGAGAAGAAAGAAAUGUUGCGUCUGGUCGAAAAAGAAAGAACGCUGUACCUGCGCGGUAUCUCCCGGCUGGAUUACACCGCCUGGUGCCGGGACAUCCAGAGCGCCGCGGGGAGCCGGGGAAACGCGCUGUGCGACCAGCAGCUCAGCCGCAACGACAUCCCAAUCAUCGUGGACAGCUGCAUAGCUUUCAUCACCCAGUACGGCUUGCGACACGAAGGGAUUUACAGGAAGAACGGGGCAAAGUCUCGCAUCAAGCUGCUGAUGGACGAGUUUCGGAAAGACGCCAGGAACGUCAGGCUGCGAACCGGAGAGCACUUCAUCGAGGACGCCACCGAUGUCCUCAAGAGGUUUUUCCGAGAGAUCGAUGAUCCGGUGUUUAUGAUGGAACUUCACCCCCAGUGGAAGGAGGCAGCCGAGAUUCCACACAAACCCCAGCGACUGAAGCAAUACAAGGAGAUCAUUAACCUGCUUCCCAAGGUCAACAGGAUAACUCUCGCUGCCCUAAUCGGUCACCUGUACAGGGUUCAGAAGUGUGCAUCCCUGAACCAGAUGUGCACGAAGAACCUCUCGCUGCUCUUCGCUCCCAGCUUGUUUCAGACGGACGGCAAAGGGGAGCACGAGGUCAAGGUGAUCGAGGAUCUCAUCGAUAACUACGUGAAGGUGUUUGAUAUUGAAGAGGAACAAGUGACACAGAUGGAUCUGGAGAACAGUUUGAUCACUACAUGGAAAGACGUGCAGCUUUCGCAGGCCGGGGACCUGAUAAUGGAGGUGUACAUUGAGAGGAAGAUGUCAGACUGCUGCAUUACGCUCAAGGUAUCGCCCACCAUGACCUCAGAGGAACUGACAAACCAGGUGCUAGACAUGAGGAACAUACACGCUGGAGAGAAGGAGAUGUGGGUCACUUUCGAAGCCAUUGAGAACGGAGAACUCGAACGCCCACUACACCCCAAGGAAAAAGUGUUGGAGCAAGCUCUCCAGUGGUGCAAGCUCGCAGAGCCCAGCUCGGCCUACUUGGUAGUCAAGAAAUUCCCAACUGUGGAAGGAGGCAACCUUUAUUCAGGUAACAAAAGCGACAUCCCCAAGUGUGGGGUCCUCAAGUGUCGCGAGGAACCGCCCAAACUCCUCGGGAGCAACAAGUUCCAGGAGCGAUAUUUUGUGUUACGGGAUCAGAAGCUUCUCCUUUUUAAGGAAAAGAAGAGCUCCAAGCCAGAACGUGAAUGGCCUCUCCUCUCGCUGAAGGUUUACCUGGGCAUCAAGAAGAAGCUGAAAGCUCCGUCGGUCCAGUGGGGCUUUACUUUAUUCUCUGAAAAGCAGCAGUGGUUCCUGUGCUGCUCUGGACAGUCGGAGAUGUGGGAAUGGGCGGCUAGUAUCCUCCGAGCUCAGCACGACGAUCUCCGACCUACGAUCCUGAGACGCCAUUCCUCCUCGGACAUGUCUAAGCAGAAAUUUGGCACCAUGCCUCUCAUCCCCAUCCACGGCGACGACAGCAAUGCCAUCAUGGUCUCUGCCAACCAAACCUGCGUCGCCUGCACACACGGAGAACUCUCUCGAUGUUCUUUCCGAUGAAAGCCCAACACGAGUUUGAAGCCCGUCAGGAGAGGGAGGAGGACAACAGUCCCGAGCCGGUGUACGAGGAGGUGCAGGACAUCAACGUCACGCUGUCGAGGCAGCAGGAGGUGGCGCUGCCGGGCGCUGCGCCAGGGCCUCAGGUGAAGAAGUUCUCCCUCAGCAACGCAAGUAACCAGAACAAGCUGCUGCAGGAGCUGGCCAGUGCCAUCCAGAGAAAAAAUGACCCACAGCAAGACAGCACCAAGUUAUAGUGUCAAACCCGCUCGCCACCAGCAUGCGGCGCUGUCCAGCUAUGAGACUUGCUUAACCCUGCGAGCCGAGGCCCUAACGGGUUGGGGCGGUGGUCCCAGCUGGACAAGCAACAGCAACAACAGCUCGCGUUUACAUCGGCCACUUCACGCCGGAGCGCUUAACAGUAACAGUCUGACCUCGAAGCAGCGGGAAAGCUCACCGCACAGCGAUAGCAAUGGCGAGCCCUGCGGUUUUAGCUGGUCAGACUCCAGCAGUUAACCCAACGCACCCGCGCUCCGGGCUCUCCCUCAUGCCUCGGCUCUUGCCAACCUAAUGCGCCUAAUGCUUUACGGAACUGAGUAAGCAGGAUGCAUCCCUCCAGGGAAGGGGAGACAGAGAGAGAGAGACAGAGAGAGAGAGAGAGAGAGCACAUUCCAUUCCAAUAAUCUAUCCCCGAGAUCUCCACGUGUAGUUGGGAUGUGUGGAGCUCUCAGCUUGGGCCGGAGGACACCCCAAAGCACUUUCACAGGAUUUACAGUACGGUGCGGUGAACGUGUGUUCUGUGGGCGAA